UAUACCCGAUAGACAGGAUCCUGACGCUGGCUGUUUAAAUAUGUGAUUAUGCUGAAGGAAGUUUUAUCGUUGAUCAAAAUGUUAAUAUCAGCAUGCCUACAUAUACAUCACAUGGAUAUUACAUGUGAUGGCUGAAAGGGGAAUUCCCUUGGAAAGACCCGGGGAAACGUGAGGCAUGAAAUGUCAUGGACCAACGUUAGGGUGAAAUCCACGUAUGAGAUAGAUUCCAGUGAUGAAAAUCCGACAGCGGGUGGAGAUCAUCUUUAUUAGGUCCCAGUGAUGGAAAUCCGACUACUCAUGAGUCCAGCCAAUCGUCUCCUGCUAUUGUUGAACAAUUUCUUCGCAUCGAUGCUACAGAUCGGAACAGAGGACAUUGUUUCCGUAUUAGGCGACGACGAUGUAAAAGACGACCUAUCAGACGUACUGAGUUUCGACAGGCUGUCCGACGACUCUAACAGCUCUGACUUCCUUUCCUCUCUUCUGUCCACGGAAUUCACGGAUGACCCUUACGACAAACUUGUGAGGAGUCCCGAAACUAUAGACCACCAAGACCGUACCCAAAGCGGCAUAAUUUCAUCUGUUGCGGAACUUCUGAGCGAUGACUCAGUCUCAUAUCUGGUCAAAGAGAGUCUCCGCUAUAAAGUGAGCUCCCGCUCCUCUGUGGAAUCGACCACUUCGUCUGAACACUCCCAUGAACCUUCCAGUCAGCACCAGCCUCCGACAGAGGAAGACCAGGAAAGGAAAGAAAAGAGGAGGAGGUUUAACCGCGAAUGGGCGAAAAGGGACAGACAACGGAAAAAGAGCCGGGAGGAUAGGUUACAACAGAAAAUAGAGCAGUUGGAGUCUGAAAAUAUGACAUUGGAAAAGGAGAUUGCGGAUUUGAAGGAAGAAGCUCGAGAACUGCGAGCAUGUUGGCACCUACACCAAGUCUUCUACCACUAGCUGGGACAGGACACAUUUCAACAAGGUGACAGUCUUAGCCGACGAAAGCUGUACGGGUGCGUUCAAUCUGGGAAUGAUCUGGGGCUUCAGCUCAUUCAUAUGACACAUUGUAUAGGUGUACAUGAAUAUCUUACAGAUAUUCCUCCUCUUAUUACCUCAGAUAAGCCAAAAUACACACAUAUAUAUGCUAAAUAUAUAAACACCACGUUGAUUUGUGAUCUAAACAACACACUUGAUUGCUGUGCAUACAAGAAAUGUAUAUGACAAUUUCAGUAUAUACCAGACAGUUGACAGUAUAGAUGCAUACGCUCGAGCUGGUGGCUGUAUAGUCAACCUAUUCAGUGCGUACUCCAUUACAUGAGUCUACCGUAAACGUUGCUCUGUUGCUUUCUCGUUUACUGGGCUGAUACUUCUUUGUUGACUGUGAUAAACUUAGUAUACCCGCAUACCGUGUAUGUGCCUUUUAUUGUUAAUUUUGCUAUAGUAAGCAAUAUAAUUUUACCUUACCAUGUU